AUGGCGUCGCCCCGCUCCGCCGUCCUGACCGCGUCCGUGCUGCUCGCGUGCACCGCCCUGAUGGCCGCUUUCGUGCCCUCGCCCGUGGCGUCCCGCCCCGCGGCGCAGACCGUGCCGGCGGCGGCGCUCAGCGCGGCGGCGAUCGCGGCGCCCACCGCGGCCUACGCGGAGGAGGGCUCGAGCGUGUGGAUCCCGGCGCUGUCUGCCGUGGGCGCGGGGUUCGCCAUCGGCCUCGCCGCCAUCGGGUCGGGCGUCGGCCAGGGCAUCGCCUCCGGCCGCUGCAUCGACGGCAUCAGCCGCCAGCCCGAGGUCGCCGACGAUCUCCGCGGCGUUCUGCUCCUGUCCCUCGCCUUCAUGGAGUCGCUGACGAUCUACGGGCUCGUCAUUGCGCUGGUGCUGCUCUUCGCCAACCCGCUGAUCAAGUAG